UGGAGUUAAUGUGCAAAUGUCACGGCGUUUCCGGUUCUUGCACUGUAAGGGUUUGCUGGAGAAAAAUGAAACCAUUCAGAGAAAUAGGCGAACAACUGGUCCGCAAGUUUGACGGCGCGACUCAUGUGAAAGUAAUUGAGAGAAAACAUCAGUUCAGACUUCGGCCGACCCGUAAAGACAUCAAAAGGCCGUCGAAGAAAGAUUUGGUUUAUUUGGAAGAAUCGCCUGAUUUUUGUUUCAAAAACUCAUCGGUCGGAGUUUUGGGCACAAAAGGUCGUGAAUGUAAUGCCACCUCUUAUGGGAUGGACGGCUGCCGACUGUUGUGUUGCGGUCGCGGAUAUCAAACAGUGGAGAAAGAGGUGGAGGAGAAGUGCAACUGUAAGUUUGUCUGGUGUUGUAAAGUGCAGUGCCAAAAGUGUUCCAGUCGUCGUGAGGUUCACACUUGUAAUUAAAUUACAUUUUUACUUCAUAUCACAUACAAAUUCAC